CUUUUUAUUUUAUUUUAUUUUUUAUUUAUUGAUCUCGAUUUUCCAAUUUUUGCUGGGGCCACUUUAGAUCCCUGCUUUGGAUCACAGUGAGGCAGCGCUUAGUAUAAAUGGAUUUUGAUAGAUGAUAAAUGCAUGGGGAAGCUGCUGAGGUAUCUUGAACUUAAAUGAAGAAAGAACUUGCAUGGCCGCAAUACAUAAGAAACCUUCUGAUCAUGGUUGGAUCAAGAAACCGGUCACAUUAUAAGAGGCCUACUUGGAUCAUAGUUUUAGUUUCUGUGGUGUGCAUUUUCCUGAUUGCUGCCUAUAUAUAUCCGCCACGGAAUAUAUAUCCGCCACAAAGCCCCUCAACAUGCUCUUUCUUUUCCUCUCAAGGUUGUGGUGGUACUUAUGAUCCCCCACCAGAAGUUCAUUCCCGGCAAUUAACUGAUGCAGAGAUUCAAUCUCGGAUUGUUAUUAACGAAAUUCUCCAGUUUUAUCCUAUUCAAACCAAGAUCCCUAAAGUUGCUUUUUUGUUUUUGACUCCGGGUUCAUUACCUUUUGAGAAGCUCUGGCACAUGUUCUUUCAGGGCCAUGAGGGAAAAUUCUCUAUUUAUGUACAUGCAUCGAAGGAAAAACCAGUACAUGUAAGCCACUAUUUUGAGGGCAGAGACAUACGCAGUGAACCGGUAGAAUGGGGAAAAGUUUCUAUGGUUGAGGCAGAAAGAAGACUUUUGGCAAAUGCACUUUUAGACCAUGAUAACCAACAUUUUGUCUUGCUGUCUGAAAGUUGUAUACCUGUGCGCCACUUUAAUUUUGUGUACAACUACUUGUUAUUAACAAAUGUCAGCUUUAUUGACUGCUAUGUGGAUCAAGGCCCUCAUGGAAAUGGCAGGUAUAGUGAACAUAUGUUGCCUGAAGUAGAAAAGAAGGAUUUCCGAAAGGGUUCGCAGUGGUUCUCAAUGAAACGGCAGCAUGCUCUAAUAAUCAUGGCAGACGGUCUCUAUUUUACAAAAUUCAGGCAUCAUUGCAGGCCAAAUAUGGAGGGAGGACGCAACUGCUAUGGUGAUGAGCAUUACUUGCCCACCUUUUUUAAUCUGCUUGAUCCAAGUGGAAUUGCAUAUUGGUCGGUAACAUAUGUUGAUUGGUCUGAAAGAAAAUGGCAUCCAAGGUCAUUCAGGGCUCGGGAUAUUACUCAUCAACUCAUGAGAAAAAUAGCAUACAUUGAUGAAAGUCCACAUUUUACAAGUGAGACAAAGAACUCAGUGACGGUUACACCUUGCAUAUUGAAUGGUUCAAAACGAUCUUGUUAUCUAUUUGCCCGGAAGUUUUUCCCAGAAACUCAGGAUAAAUUGAUGCAACUUUUCUCUAAUUCUACAAUUUUCUGAAGUAUUUAUGUUUCGUUAUCAUUCUUUGGUGCAUCGACACCAUGUGAUCCCCAGCCUCACUGUCUUGCACAUAUUGUUUUGAGAAUUGUCCUAAGACAAGUUGAUAAAUUUCUCACGAAGACAAAAGAAGCUGAUUCAGUCAAAAGUCGAAAUUUGCUUGUCUGGGGCUUGACACAACUGCUGAGGUUGUCUUGUUGGAUAAUUUGAUGUUCCUAUUUUAUUUUAUUUUUAAAUAUUUGGAACAUCAUAGAUUCUCCUGAACGAUGAAAAAUUUUGGUAUCCUUGAUAGAGACUAGAGAGGGAGGGAAAAGGUUUGGCAUUGAUUUUGAGUAUUGAAGCUAACCUGGCA